AUGCUCUUCUUCGUAACUUUAGUGAUAUCACUUGUACUUUUAUUCCUAAUUUUGGAUACGAUUAAACCGAGGCGAUAUCCACCAGGGCCCAAAUGGUUACCCAUCGUUGGUAAUUUUCUCGAAUUCCGGCGCCGCCUCUCGGAAAUCGGCUACCACCACCUGGUUUGGAAGGAAUUUUCCGAGGAAUAUGGGGACGUCGUGGGGUUGAAAAUGGGGCGGAAUCUGGUGGUGGCCGUGUUUGGGGCUGAGGCUGUCAAGGAGGUGCUCACAAGGGAGGAAUUUGAUGGGAGGCCGGAUGGGUUUUUCUUCCGUUUACGAACUUUUGGGAAAAGACUUGGAAUCGUUUUCUCCGAUGGCCAGUUUUGGCAAAAACAGCGCAAAUUCUCGAUGCAGCAUUUGCGCAAUUUCGGAUUCGGGCGCAAAGAAAUGGAGGAGAAAAUCGAAGAAGAAACCAAAGAUCUGAUUGCCGUUUUUAAAAAACAGUGUUCAGAACCCAUUUGGAUGCACACAGCUUUCGAUGUCUCCGUCUUGAACGUUUUAUGGGCCAUGAUGGCCGGCGAAAGAUUCAACAUAAAUGAUGAAAGACUCCGUAAAUUACUGAAAAUCGUUCACGACGCUUUCAGACUCACUGAUAUGUCCGGCGGAAUGCUGAAUCAGCUGCCGUUUUUGAGAUUUAUUGCACCGGAAACGUGCGGUUAUAACCAAUUGGUCGACGUUUUGGUCAGAAUGUGGGAAUUUUUGCAGGAAACUAUUUCCGAACACAGGAAAACACUGUGUAGUUCACAUGCUAGGGACUUAAUUGAUGCGUUUUUGCAAAAAAUGGACAUUCAGAGCGAUUCGUCUUUUACAGAUGAUCAGCUCAUGUCCCUCUGCCUUGACCUCUUUAUGGCAGGUUCCGAAACAACUAGUAACACUUUAGGUUUUUCGGUUGUCUACAUGCUCCAGUUUCCCGAAGUUCAGAAAAAGGUGCAAGAUGAAAUGGACGAAGUUGUUGGGCGAAACCGUUGGCCCACUUUGCAAGAUCGAAUCAAAUUAAAAUACACAGAAGCUGUUUUGAUGGAAAUUCAAAGACGUGCCAAUAUUCCCCCGCUUGGUAUAGCUCAUAGGGCGACACGCGAUGUCAGUUUAUUUGAUUAUCGUAUACCUGAGGGUACAAUUGUGCUGACCAGUUUAUACAGCGUUCAUAUGGACCACAAGUUUUGGAAGGAUCCGUUGGCUUUCAGACCUGAGCGGUUUUUGAACAAGGAGGGAAAUCUUGAAGUGGACGAAAAAUAUUUUGCUCCUUUUGGAUAUGGGAAACGGCGCUGCUUGGGAGAAUCUUUAGCUAAGGCUAACUAUUUCCUGUUUUUUACCGCUCUUCUGCACAAUUUUUAUCUCGAAAAGGAUUGUGAUGGUCCUGAACCACAACUCGAGGGUUACGAUGGAGUGACUAUAUCACCAAAACCAUUCCGAGCUAAGCUCAUCCCACGGACUGAUUAA